UAAAAUCCCUACAUAGAAGGACUUGGGAGUUCUUCCUUGAGGUCCUUCUAUGCGACUCUGAGAGAGGUUUUCCCAUAAUAUGACCAUUGCCGGAUCCAGUUCAUUUGAUACAAUGGGCCUUAAGGGUGGUGUUAUUCUUCUCGGCUUUGUCGCCUUUGCUUUGUUUUCUUGCGUCGAUGGUUUAUCCGGCGGCGAACAUCUUUUGGGGAAGGUUGUCCGUCGUAGCAUGGCUGAGAACGACACCGCCUGGAGUAAAGAUUGCAGUAGACAAUGUGAGUCAGAGUUCUGUACAGUGCCUCCAUUUUUGAGAUAUGGGAAGUAUUGUGGGCUUUUAUACAGUGGAUGCCCAGGGGAGCAGCCCUGCGAUGGCCUAGAUGCAUGCUGUAUGAAGCAUGAUAACUGCGUUCAAUCGAAAAACAAUGACUAUCUAAGCUCAGAGUGCAGCCAAACGUUCCUAAAUUGCAUGGCAGAGUUCAAAAACAAAAGAGGGAAAACGUUUAAGGGGAACAAAUGCCAUGUCGAGGAUGUUGUCGAAGUUAUAACCCUUGUCAUGGAGGCUGCUUUAGUUGCUGGAAGAUAUCUCCAUAAGCCCUAACACCACAGCAGCUAGCCUCUAUCCUCUAGUCAUUUCUAAUUGUUUCACAAUUUCGUUUUCCUUUUUCUUUCUUUUUCUCGUGUUAUUUCUUCUCGCGUUUAAUAAAAAGAAAAAACAAAUUUCAUUCAGAAUUCUAUCUUCGUCACGGAGGAGGAAAAAUAGAAAGAAGUGAAAAUUGUAAAUUACAUAUUUAUACUUUAAAUUAAAUUUUGUA